AUGUCCGGGCAGGAGGAGCCCGACCCGCUGCAGCAGCAGCAGCAGCAGCAGCAGCAGCAGCAGCAGCAGCAGUGGGGUGAGGCGCAGCAGGACCCCGGAGCGGGCGGAGCGGCGGCGCGAGCUGCGGCAGCGGCAGAAGAGCCGGAGCACGCGCUGCCCCCUGCAGCAGCAGCAGCAGCAGCAGCAGCAGCAGCAGCGCCUGCAGCAGCAGCAGCAAGCGACAGCGCCUCGUUCCUCUCGCGACGGCUGCAGACGCCCGCAGGAGACGAGCAGCAGCAGCAGGAUCAGCAGCAGCAGCAGCAGCAGCAGCGGGAGGAGGAGCAGCACGAGCCGCCGCCGCAGCAGCAGCAGCAGCAGCAGCAGCAGCGGCGGCGGGGGCCCCCGGCGAGGCCCCCCCCCCCCAGCGUGACUGUGGGGCGGGACCCGGGGGCCCCCGGGGCCCUGGGGGGCCCCUACGCAGCGCUGCGGGAGGACUUGUUGGGGCCCACCAUCUUCGACAUUCACUGCAAAGACAUUUCCAACUUUAAACGAAGUGGGGCCCUCUUCAGAAGAGUGGCAGUGGCCUACUUGGUGUUUGCUGCGCAACUGCCCAUAAACCUCGUGGGCUCUGCUGCGUGGCUGGUGGCGCUGCUGCUGCUGCUGAGCGGCCUUGCUGCUUGGGGAGUGGGGACUGAUGUUGCUGCUUGUGUCACUAGAGAAGGCGGUGCUGCUGUUUGCCAACUUGCUGCUGCAGCAGCAGCAGCAAUUGCUGCGCUGGUCCUCACGCUCUUUGCUGCGCUCGCCUACUGCCUCUUCUUCGCCCACAAGUUCUUCCGCGAACUCGACUUCGACAAGCAGCAGCAGCAGCAGCAGCAGCAGCAGCAGCAGCAGCAGCAGCAGCAGCAGCACGAGCAGCUCGCUGCAGCGGAGGAGCUGCAGCCGUCACAAACGCCCCUGCCCGGGGGGCCCCCAGGGGGCCCCCACACCCUUUCAGUACCCACUCAGGGGGGGCCCCACUUGGGGGCCCCCAGCAAGGGCUCCCCAGCCAGCCUCGCGGGGGGCCCCCCCGAGGGUUCACUCGCGGGCUUUUCGGGGGGCCCCCUGGGGGCCCCCCUGAGGGGCCCCCACCUGGAAAGUGAAACCCCUUUGCGCUCCGUCACCGAAGGCUCCCACGCAGCGAAGCAAGGCUGA